UAGCUGUUUUAUUUCACUUUAUCAUUUUAAUCUCAAUAUUAAAAAAUCUUUUUUUUCCCUCACAGUGUGCUUUAAAGCAGCUUUUCUACAAAACGCAGCGUAGCUAGCUAGAACUAGAUUCUCCAUUCUUGAACCUCUAAAUGGGAAAAGCAGCGCGGUGGCUCAAGGCCAUGUUUGGUUUCAAAUUUAAGGAGCGCACCGACAUGACGCGGUGGAGCUCCGGCCACCUCUGCCACAACCCCGCCACCAUCCCCCCCAACAUCACCCCCGCCGAAGCCGCCUGGCUCAGAUCCUUCUACACCGACACCCACGACAAGGACCAGAACAAGCACGCCAUCGCCGCCGCUGCCGCCACCGCUGUCGCUGCCGCCCACGCCGCCGCCGCAGUCGUCCGCCUCACCACCCGCGGCGGCGGCGCGGAGAAGUGCGCCGCUGUCAAGAUUCAAUCGCUUUUUCGUGGAUUCUUGGCCCGAAAGGCGCUUCGUGCCCUGAAGGGCCUGGUGAAAAUCCAGGCCCUGGUGAGGGGAUUUCUCAUCCGCAAACAGGCCGCCGCCACUCUUCAGAGCAUGCAAGCCCUCGUAAGAGCCCAGGCUACCAUCCGAGCGCAGAAAAUGAGACGUCUUAUUAAUAAUGACGAAACUUUCCCCCCUCCCUACAAUGCCCUGGAUGAAGGGAGCGAGCAUCCCUCGUUGUUCCACAGCAGGAGGCUGUCGGCGUCAUUCGAGACGGGUCCAAAUUCUUAUCCGUUCGACGAGAGCCCGAAAAUCGUGGAAGUCGACACGGGCUGCCGGGCCAAGUCGAGGGCCCGGCGGGCCAGCUCGUGGAUGGCGGCCGAGCCCUCCCCGUUCCAGUGCCGGGUCCCGGAAUGGGGGGAGCAGGGGUCGUCGACGGCACAGAGCACGCCGAGAUUCAGCGGGAGCGUGACGCCCGCGAAGAAGCCGAGCUACAUGGCGAAGACGCAGUCGUUCAAGGCGAAGGUGAGGUCGCAGAGCGCGCCGAAGCAGAGGCCCGAGCCCGGCCCGACGAGGAGGAAGUCGCUGCUAGAAAUGAUGGAGUCGAGGAGUAGCCAGAGUGGGGUGAGGAUGCAGAGGUCAUGCUCCCAAGCUCAGGAAGCCAUUACUUUCAAGAAUGCUGUCAUGUCCAACUUUGCGAUGAACGUGAGAUGGAGGAGUUCGUUAACUCGAACAAUUGGUACAUACUGGGGUCGCAAUGAUCGCAGCCAUAGCCUAGUCCUGGAGUCGGUAGCAACGUUGAUGUAACAUCGCCGGUCAACACCGAUGAAUUCGAGAUCAGCGAGAUGGAGCCCGCUCAAGAGCGUGGCAAGGAGAAGGUCGGCGAGGAGGAUGGGCCGAAGAAGUAGGGUCCGCAAGAGACAAUGUGGCUUACGAGGAACUACAUCGACG